AUGGCUUUCAAGUACGUCCUGUUGUCCUUCUGCGCUCUGGUGGGCGUGGCCAGUGCUGGCUUCCUGGCUCCGGCCACCACUUAUGCCGCCUCCUAUCCCGUGGUGGCCAAGGUGGCUCAGCCCCACUACGAUGCCGUGGGCACCACCCAGCAGAAUGUGGUGCGCUCUUUCGGAGGCACUGUGUCCACCUACUCCAAGAACGUGGUCACCCCCUACUCGAGUGUCAGCAAGGUGGACUCCCGCACCACCAACAACGUCUACACCCCGAAGACCCUCUACUCCGCUCCUGCUCCCGUGAUCACCAAGUCUUACUACGCCGCUGCUCCUGCUCCAGUCGUGGCCAAGACCGUCUACUCCGCUCCUGCUCCGGUUUAUGCUGCUCCAGCUCCCGUUCUGGCCAAGACUGUCUACUCUGCUCCUGUGGCCAAGGCUGUUUAUGCUGCACCAGCUCCAGUUUAUGCCGCUCAUGCUCCAGUUGUGGCCAAGACUGUCUACUCCGCUCCAGCUCCCGUUCUGGCCAAGACCGUCUACUCUGCCCCAGCUCCAGUUUACUCUGCUCCUGCUCCAGUUUACUCCGCUGCUCCCGCCGCAUUUGUGAAGUACUCGCCCGCCGCUGUGGUUGCCCAUGCCAGCUUCGAUGGAUUCGGCUCCCACUGGGGAUACUAG